UUGUUGGGACAGGUGAAGUGAAGACUACAUGAUAAGGAUGGGAAUCAUUAAAGUGCUGAAAACUCAGUUGCUGUGCCAUCUCAUUAUCUGUUAUGUGUUCCUGGUCAGUGGGAUUAUUAUCAACCUGCUGCAGCUUUGUACUCUACCACUGUGGCCCAUUAACAAGCAGCUCGCACGCAAGAUCAACUGCAGAUUGGGUUAUUCCGUUUCUAGUCAAUUGGUGGCAUUGUUGGAGUGGUGGUCUGGGACAGAAUGCACACUUUACACAGAUCCAGAAAGCUAUUCACUCUAUGGCAAAGAAAGCGCCAUUGUUGUCCUCAAUCAUAACUUUGAAAUCGAUUUUAUGACCGGCUGGACCAUCUGUGAAAGAUUUAGUAUUUUAGGGAGUUCGAAGGUGUUGGCAAAAAAGGAACUUUCCUUUGUUCCUGUGAUUGGCUGGAUGUGGUACUUCCUGGAGAUCGUCUUCUGCAAAAGGAAUUGGGAAGAGGAUCGCAAGAAAGUAGUGCAGAGCCUGCGCAACCUUCGUGAUUACCCAGAAAACUUUUGGUUCCUGUUGCACUGUGAGGGCACACGAUUCACAGAAAAGAAGCACAAGAUUAGUAUGGAGGUGGCAGAGAAGAAAGGUCUCCCCAAACUCAAGUAUCACCUUCUUCCUCGGACCAAGGGCUUUUCCAUCACGGUCCAGAACCUCAGGGGAAAGGUUACUGCUGUGUACGAUACUACACUUAAUUUCAGAAACAACGAAAUGCCAACUUUAUUAGGGGUGCUCAAUGGGAAAAAAUACCAUGCUGAUUUAUAUGUGAGGCGAAUUCCUCUGGAUUCGGUCCCAGAGGAGGAGUCGGAAUGUGCGGCCUGGCUCCACAAACUCUAUCAGGAAAAAGAUGAAUUCCAAGAGCAUUACACACAGACAGGCCGGUUCCCAGGUCCCAUUACGAGCCCCCCGCGCCGACCUUGGGCCCUAUUGAACUGGCUGUUCUGGAUCUGUUUGCUGGUCUACCCUCUCUUCAGGCUCCUGCUGCAACUGCUGCUGUCAGGGUCCAUCUCCACCGUCGUCUGUACAUUUGUCUUCUGUUUUGCAGUGUCAGUUGGAAUCCGCUGGAUGAUCGGACAGACAGAGAUUGAGAAGGGUUCGAACUACGGGAAUAAAGAGGUCCAGUUGAACAAUAACUGAGAGACUGUCACCCACCAGGGAAACAAGAUCAUGCUAUUGUACUGUGAUGAGGGCACUUUCACAACAGGAACUGGCAUUAGCAAAGUGAAACCACCUUCAUAAGUGAAAUUUGAGGAACUCGUCACAUGAAGCUUUUGGAAAGACAUUUAAAUCAUUAAAAACACUUCUGUCAUGAC